AAAAAAAGAAAGAAAGAACGAUUUAACGCCCAGAAACCAGAAGCAACAGAAACAGAUCAGGCACAAAACAGGGGUGGAAAGAAAAUCGAAGGAUAUCAAUGGCGUCGUCGGCUCUCCGCCCAGCAUUUGCGUACACGGUGGUGUACGUCAAGGACGUAGCCAAAUCCGUAGAUUUCUACGCCAACGCUUUCGGUUACCAUGUUCGCCGCCUCGACGAUUCGCACAGAUGGGGAGAGCUGGAGAGCGGCCAGACGACAAUCGCGUUCACUCCGGUCCAGCAGCACGAGACCGACGACAGAACCGGCCAGGUCCGGACCCCAAAAUCCGGCGACGAGCGGCCCUCGAUGGAGGUCUGCUUCGCCUAUGCUGAUGUCGAUGCUGCAUACAAGAGAGCGGUGGAGAACGGAGCUACGGCGGUUAGCCCGCCGGAGGACAAGGAGUGGGCGCAGAGAGUUGGUUACGUGCGUGAUAUCGACGGUAACGUGGUCAGAAUGGGGAGCUACGUCGCCAAACAGACGAAAUGAUGCUAGAGAGACGAGCGACAGAAGUUCAGAGUUCUGCAAGUGUUCCUACUUGUGUACCUUUCUCCUGCAGAAAUUUGUGGUUAAUUACAUGGGGGCAUUAUGCUCCCAAUCCCAGUUCCUUGAAGAACUCUGUUCACUUGCACUUCUCUUCUCCUAGCAAGCCAAAUUAACAUUACUGGCCAGUUCAAUGAUUAGACACAUACAGAACCAAAUCAAUCAAUCUGUAUACUUUGGAGGGAAUGAAAGAGCA